GUGGUCAGAUUAUUUUGCGCAUAGUUCUAACCAGUCGGUGCGAAUCGUCGGAACGCACGCUACGAUUGCGGAAUCUCACACAACGCGCAGCGAUGAAAAGCACCUCAAAUCAUUCAGAAGUUUCAGCACGGCUAGUAGCUAGAGAUCAUGGAAGCGAGGCAAAUUCAAGCACAACUAUCAGUGACUCCGCGCCUGGCCUCUAUCCCAUGCUUAAUAAUCUCGUGGAGUUUCACGUUUCACCUUCUCUUAUUCUUAUGCGCAGCGAAACCCCCAAAGAGCGAAAAAAAAUAAAGAACGUCCGCAAGACGCCGCCCAACGUCGUCUUCAUGUGGCGUCAUGUCUCGACUUGCCCAGUCUAUGCGAUUGUACAUGGACUCUUGGACAUUGCAUGCUGAACGGGCCACUGACAGCGGAUACGUAACCGCAACACUGGAUUUGACAAAAGGCAUUGGCAAUCACGAGGGCAAAUUUGUUGUGGGGGAUCACUGGAAAUCCACAGCACAAUGGAGACGCUGGGCUUCAAAGGAACUUCGGGGAACCAUCCUGUGUGCCAAUCUGCGUGUAGGUGAUCUUUCCUGGGGCAUCCGUGGGACUUGGGUGCUCGACGAAAUUGACUUGAACGAACACGUGUACUGGGCGGGCUUAGAGUUGAAGUUCGGUACCAUCUCUGCAGCGGAUGCGGAUGAGUGCAAUGACAUUGGCUGUCUCUCAGAAACCGAUCGACUCACCGUGCACAACGGCGUGCUGUCCGCAAUGGCGAUGCAACCCGUCCAGACAAUCGAUCUGAAUAAGAGGUUAGGCAACAGCAACGGCAGAUUCGAUACCGACGGCAGAAAUUUCUCAAUGAGUUCAAAAGACACCUUUGUCAGUGGGACAAUUUUGAGCGGACAGCUUCGUCAAAUCAAUGGUAACUGGGCACAAGAUCAGAUUGAUUUACGAGAUUUGGUGCAGUGGCGAAAUGGCACCCUACAGUUUUCAACUCAGAAAAUCGUAGCGCAGCCAGUCGUUCCUUUGGAUUGCAACUACUGCCGGCCUAUGUUUCGACAUGGACGAUUCUUUCUACCCAUAAACGAAGCGCCCAUCAGUCUCAAGCCACCGUUGGGUGCUUCAGCGUGUCCAAUGUGCCACCUUCUCCGUCUCAUUGUUCGGAAAGAGUGCAAUUCGGAAGACAACUUCACAGAGCUUAUUUUGAUGCCCUCUUUUUACAAAUCGUACAGGCAGGCAGUGGUCGAAGUGCGGUACAACAUCGAGAGUUCAACAAACGUGUUUGUUCCCGUGGCCAACAGGUACGUAAUAUAUAACCGUGCAGCCAAUCUGUCAAAGACAAGUAGGACGUUUCACGCUGUCCCCAGAAGCCCUUUGCAUGAUGCGUUCUUUGAGCCCGACCGUCGCUGGGCCCGAGUUCAUGGAUGGAUCAUGAACUGCUCUCAAAAUCACGACGGAGAGUGCCAAAAGGAGGCUUGGCCUGCCCUUCCGGCUCGUGUCCUUGAUCUCGAAAGUGUAAAUCAAGGUGUUGUCCGUGUUAAGGUCACGAACGGGGAGUGCGAGCGCUAUGCAUGUGCAAGCUACCGCUGGGGCGUCGAAGCUCCCAUCACUUUAACAACAGGAAAUGCUGAAGAAUGCGAGAAAAACGGGAUUUCGCUGAAUAUCUUGCCCCGAACCAUAGUAGAUGUCGUCCACGUUUGCGUAAACCUUGGCCUGAGGUACUUGUGGGUCGACUCUUUAUGCAUCCACCAAGAUUCUGAACGUGAUUGGCAAGUGGAGUCAUUAAAGAUGGCAUCCUACUAUGGAAAUUGUUUCAUUUCUAUUGCAGCUACCUCGUCUCCCACUUCUGCAGCUGGCUGGCGCCUACGCUCCCGACCAUGUGCAGUGAAAUUAACCGGCUCUGGCCCCGAUGGAUCACCUUUCAGGCUGCUUGCCUAUCCGUUGAAAGAAGUCGAGGCGUUUGACGAACAAAAACACUUUACUCAAUUGUCCGAGAUAGAUUUGGCUAAAUCCUUCCAAUUGCUCAAGAGGGGCUGGGUCUACCAAGAGCGCCGGCUUGCUGCACGAGUGCUACAUCUGUGUGAACAUGAAGUAAUCUUCGAGUGUGCGACGGACACUAUUUGCGAAUGUGGGCACUCCAAAUCAUAUCAGAUGAAUUGGACGAAGUCAUUACCUGAGCCCCCUCUUCGUUUGUACAACGUUAUGAACGACACACCAGAGCCCGAAGGUCCGACCGAUCGAACUCUCGCACACGCAUGGAGAUCUGCGUGUGCUGCCUAUAGUACUCUGGACCUGACAUUCGCGCACGACAAAUUGCCUGCCAUCUCUGGUUUGGCGAAAUCAAUGCAGUCUCUCGGGCGGUAUUUGGCGGGUGUGUGGGAAAACCAUCUUCCCGCCGACUUGUGCUGGUAUGUAGGGCCCGACCUUGUCCUUGAUGAUCCCCGCAUCACUCGGCAAAUUUCAAUAAGAGAAACAGAGCGUCAACUCGCGGUACAUCGGCGCCCGGAGAUCUAUAUCGCACCUUCCUGGUCGUGGGCGUCUGCACAAGAGCCGGUCAGCUUCCUACCCAGUUCCAGCCCCCUCGAGCCUACGACGUACACAAAACUACUAAAUUCUGUCGUUGUUCCUCAUUCAAACGACCCAAUGGGCCGCGUGACUGCCGGCAGUCAUCUAAAAUUGAAGGCCAAACUCAUCGAGACUGCGUGGACGUGCAGCCUGGAAGGAGAAGCUACCGAUCACUGGUACAAGCUUUGCGAUGUAAAGGGAAUGCAAGGUCAAUUCACACUAUAUGGAUUCCUGGGGAGAAGCAAGAAUAACUUGGUGGCUCCCGGCGACGCUGAUGAUUUUAACCCCGAGCCCGUACGUUUCCUUCCUGACUAUGGGCUGGCGACGUCUACAUCCAAUACGAUUACCACAGACAAACAUCUUCAUGUGAUGCCGCUACAAUCUGAGACGGCUUUUCUUCAUGUCUCUCGGCUCAAGCACGAAAUCAAUCGAGCUCUGGUUGUCAUAGGACUCAAUGGCGCUGAGUACGCCCCGUCAAACUAUGCAAGGAUAAGCGCUCUAGUCUUGCGACGCGUUUUUGAGCACGAUCUAGAGAAAAAGAACUCGCUGCCCGUGUUUGAAAGAGUAGGAUUCACGUGGUUUUUCGCUAGAAAGCCAUUGGCGAUCGAAUCAUCCGCGCACGAGGAGACAGAUUUAAUUCUUGUUUAACAGUACAAAAGCCUACAAAGUCUGCAUGCUGCGUCCGUUCGGAAGUCUCUUUUGCACGCAAAUUUGUGAUUACAGCAUCGCACGACACAUUUGAGGUAGUCACCAAUCGAUAUAUG